UCCUCGUCGUCGUGUCCGCCGUCGCAGGCGUCACCGACAAGCUGCUCGCGCUCGUCGACGUCGCCGUCGGACGCAGCCCCGACCGGCACUACCUCGAGAUGCUGGACGACGUCGUCGCCGUGCACCGCGCCAUCGCGGCGGCCCUGCUCCCGCGCGACGGAUGCGACGCCUUUCUCGCCACCCUCCGAGCUAACACUAAGGACUUGCAGGACUUGCUCAGGGCCACUUGGAUUGCGCGGUCCGCAUCCACGAGGAUGAAGGACCUCGUCGUGGGCCACGGAGAGCUCUGGUCCACCCAGCUGCUCUGGGCCGUCGUGCGGAGCAAGCGCCCUGCCGCGUGCUCGUGGAUGGAUGCGCGUGAUGUUCUUGUUGCGCGCACGAGCGAGGCUAGCGCGGUGAGGAAGAUCGUCGAGAUGGCCAACAGCCGCCCGUUGCUCGACGACUGGCUCCUCUCGAAUCCUACCAAUAUCGUCAUUUCCACGGGCUUUGUGUGCCAGGAUAAGGACGGCGUCCCCAGCACGCUGGGGAGGAAUGGCUCCGAUUACUCGGCCGCCGUGUUUGCCAACUUGCUCCACGCAAACGAACUCCAGAUUUGGACAGACGUCGACGGCGUCUUCUCAGCGGAUCCUAGGGUCGUGCCCGAUGCCGUCGUCAUCCCGGACAUGAGCUACAAGGAGGCCGCCGAGUUGGCCUACUUUGGCGCCAAGAUUCUGCAUCCGGAUACUAUGGCCCCGAUCAUUGAGAGCUCUAUCCCGAUGCGCAUCCGAAAUACGUUUAAUACCUCCUCCCGAGGCACUCUUGUGCACUCUGGAGACGUGGCCGCGCCCUCUGCCGCGGAAACCCAGCAGAAGCAAAGUAUCCGUCAAGACAUGGCGGGCGUCAAGGGUUUCACAACGGUACAGGACGUUUCCAUUGUCAACAUCGAAGGAACGGGUAUGAUUGGUGUACCUGGCAUCGCUUCCAAGGCUUUCGGAGCCUUGUUCCAGAAGAGCGUCUCUGUGAUUCUCAUUGCCCAAGCAAGCUCAGAGUUUUCCAUUUGCGUCGCAAUUCCUAGUUCCCAAUGCGAAGUGGCUGUCGGAGCAGUCAAACAAGCCUUCCGCGCAGAACUCGCGGAUGGACUUGUCUCUUCCAUCUCCCCGGUCCCAGAAUGCAGUAUCCUGGCUAUGGUAGGCGAGCAGAUGCAACAAAGGCCAGGUGUCUCGUCACGCCUCUUCUCAUCGCUUACACGAGCCGGUGUGAAUAUCGUUGCCAUGGCGCAGGGGUCUUCGGAGCACAACAUAUCCGUCGUCGUGAGCGCAGAGAGUGAGAGUAGGGCUCUCCGAGCCGCCCAUGCAGCCUUCUACUUGUCCGAUCAAACAGUGUCUCUAGGUGUCAUCGGACCGGGGGUUGUUGGUGGUGUCUUUUUAGAGCAAGUCCGGAGCCAGCUCCAGAAGCUUAAAGGCAAGUUCUCCGUUGAUUUGCGGGUUCGCGGGAUUGCUCGGGCAUCAAAGAUGAUCUUCGGAGAGCCGCUCUCUCUGGAUACCUGGCGGAAAGAAUUUGAGGGUCCGAAUGCGCUACCGACUGAUUUGAAUGCUUUCGCUGAUCGUAUUCAGGAUACGGCUCUCCCCCAUGCUGUCAUAGUCGAUUGCACAGCUUCAGAUAAGGUAUCAUCGUACUAUGCCGAAUGGUUGAGACGUGGCAUUCACAUCAUUACGCCCAACAAAAAAGCGAAUUCCGGACCCAUGGAGUAUUAUCGAAGUAUUAGAGCCGGUCAACAGAGGCUCAAGUCGCACUUUUUUUAUGAGGCCAACGUCGGCGCCGGUCUUCCCAUUAUCUCGUCUAUUCGAGACCUUUUGCGGACAGGGGACGAGUUUCUACAAAUUGAGGGUAUAUUUUCGGGGACAUUGAGCUUUAUCUUCAACGAGUUUGACGGAUCAGAACCAUUUUCGGCAGUCGUUUCAAAGGCAAAAGCGAACGGAUAUACAGAACCUGACCCCCGAGACGACCUCAGUGGCAUGGACGUAGCCCGAAAGGUUGUGAUUUUAGCGCGAGAGAUCGGCAUAGAUAUUGAACUGGGCGAUGUUCCUGUCAAGAGUUUGGUGCCGGAGGCCCUCACCGGCUCCGACGUGAGCAUUGAUGACUUCAUGUCUCGCCUACCGGAUUAUGACCAUGAGCUCACAGAUAUGGCCAACGAGGCGGCGAAAGCGAGUGAACUCUUGCGAUACGUUGGGGUAGUUAAUGCGCAAACAGGAAAGUGUGCCGUAGAACUACGAAGAUAUUCAAGUAGUCACCCAUUUGGCCGUCUCGAGGGCUCAGAUAAUAUUGUUUCAUUCAGAACAACGCGAUAUGAUAGUCAACCACUGGUGGUGCAGGGGCCGGGGGCCGGUGCAGACGUAACAGCAGCCGGCGUCUUCUCGGACCUACUUCGUCUCACAGGAUACUUGGGGGCUCCAUCGCAUGAAGACUCGUGACCUGUUGCUGUUACAUACAGCGAUACCACGCUCUACGCACAAGAGACUGCUGUAGUGGAAAAGUAAGUUCUUGAGACAAAGAUGUGUAAAGGAAGAACUGAUUCCCGUCAGCGCAGGACUCGCGGUCUUCGCGAGACGAAGAUGCACUGUCAUCAGCUCUGUAGGUUUUGCCA